GGCGCUCGGGCCGCCAUGCGCGACAGGACCCAGGAGCUGAGGCAGGGGGAUGACAGCUCGGACGAUGAGGACAAGGAGCGGGUCGCGCUGGUGGUGCACCCGGGCACCGCACGGCUGGGGAGCCCGGACGAUGAGUUCUUCCAGAAGGUCCGGACAAUUCGGCAGACUAUUGUCAAGCUGGAGAAUAAAGUCCGAGAGCUGGAGAAACAGCAGGUCACCAUCCUGGCCACGCCCCUUCCUGAGGAGAGCAUGAAGCAAGACCUGCAGAACCUGCGCGACGAGAUCAAACAGCUGGGAAGGGAAAUCCGCGGGCAGCUAAAGGCCAUAGAGCCCCAGAAGGAGGAAGCUGAUGAGAAUUAUAAUUCGGUCAACACAAGAAUGAGAAAAACUCAGCAUGGGGUCCUGUCCCAGCAAUUCGUGGAGCUCAUCAACAAGUGCAACUCAAUGCAGUCCGAGUACCGGGAGAGGAACGUGGAGCGGAUUCGGAGGCAGCUGAAGAUCACAAAUGCUGGCAUGGUGUCUGAUGAGGAGCUAGAACAGAUGCUGGACAGCGGACAGAGCGAGGUGUUUGUGUCCAAUAUACUGAAGGACACACAGGUGACUCGACAGGCCCUAAAUGAGAUCUCGGCCCGGCACAGUGAGAUCCAGCAGCUUGAACGCAGUAUUCGUGAACUUCAUGAGAUCUUCACUUUUCUGGCUACUGAGGUGGAGAUGCAGGGGGAGAUGAUCAACCGGAUUGAGAAGAACAUCCUGAGCUCGGCAGACUACGUGGAACGUGGUCAGGAGCAUGUCAGGAUGACUCUGGAGAGCCAGAAGAAGGCUCGGAAGAAGAAAGUGAUGAUUGCCAUCUGUGUGUCCAUCACUGUCCUCAUUCUGGCAGUCAUCAUUUGCGUCUCCAUAUUGGCUUGAUAGCAUCAUACAUUCUCGGCACUAAGAGCACCAGGGACCCAGGGCCUGCCUUCUCUGCCAGCAACUGGGCAGGGGCAGAACCUCCAGCCAGACCCCCUUCCUCACCCUCACCUUGUGCAGAGGGGCAGACGGUUCUUCUGGGGUUGGCAGCCACUCGUUCAUGGCGCCUCCCCCCUUGGGCCACAGUGCCUGGCGGAGGGCCUGCAGUGUCCUGUUUGGAUGGACACAUGGUUUUGUAAGAAAUUAAAAAAAAAAAAAAAGG